CACCCCAAGAAGGAGAUCUCGCCCCAAGCUCCGUCUCAGGCCCAAGUUCAGACCCGGCCCCUUCACCACCGAACCUACUACCACAACCACAACUACGACCACAACAACAACCAGUACUCCAGCUCCCCUUCUGGAAGUUGAAGAGCCUACAACCAUAAGCACAAUGACAGAAGACAUUGAGACUACCCCAACAGCUGUAGCUCCUCCUCCUCCUCCUCCCCCACCUCCUUCCGUUGAGGAAGAGGUCAUGACAACCAUUGCUCCACUGCCAGUGCUCAUUGAAGCCAGGACAACCGAACCUCCACCACCUCCCACUCCUGAAACCACAACUACUACCACUACUACGACUACAUCUACGACCACAACCACAACCACAACCACAACACCACCUCCCCCACCCCCUCCCCCAGUCACAGAAGCUCAGGAACCCUCCCCCAUCCCAGAAGAUUUAGCUGUCACUGAGAGCUUACGGCAAACAAGGAGAGGGUCUUCAAGAUACAAGGCACCACAGCCUCCUUCCCAUCCAAUUGUUGAAACCACUACAGCAUCAGCCGUUAACAUAUUUGCUCCACCACUGUCAGAAUCGGGACAGACAAGCAGUUCCCCUCACUCUGAUUCUGCCGACAAUGCCUCUGUGGGAGGACCAAAUACUGAGACAACAGAAAGACCUCUUACAGCAAUGGAAAUCUGGCAGUUGGCCAUUGAUAAGGAGCUGGAAGCCAGGGCAAGAGAGGAAGAAGCUCGGGCAGAAGAACUCAAGCGGAGGGAACUUGAACUCCAGGCAAGAGCAAGAGAAGAAGAGGCACGCGCAGAGGAACUGAAGCGCAGGGAGUUGGAGCUGCAGGCAAGAGAGAGAGAAGAGGUGGCAAGGGCUGAGGAGCUGAAGCGAAGAGAGUUAGAGCUCCAAACCAGGACUAGGGAAGAGGUGGCCCGUGAGGAGGAGCUCAAGCGGAGGGUAUUAGAGCUUCAGGCCCGAGCAAGGGAAGAGGAGCGCCGGGAAGAGGACUUGAAGCAGAGGAAACUUGAACUCCACACCAGGGCUUUGGAAGAAGUAGCACGUGAAGAGGAAUUGAAACGGAGGGAGCUGGAACUCCACACCAGAGCUUUAGAGGAAGUGGCACGUGAAGAGGAAACGAAGAGGAGGGAGCUUGAACUUCUGGCCAGAGAAGAUGUAUCACCACAUGAAGAAGUAGCGACAGAAACAGAAAAUGACGAAGUAUCCCCUGUGCACGAACAGGUGCAGACGACAGAAGAGCCUAUUAAUGAAAAUGACCGUGUGCAGAGAGCAAGGAACAGGGCAAGCAAUUUCAGAAGACGUGGAAGAUUUGGAGGAAGAGCUUAUGAGGAAAUUACCAGACAAUGAUAGAAUGAUUCAAACAGUGUCAAUAUAUAUAUAAAUUAAUGAAUAAAUAAAUAA